AUGUCGAUUCCUCGACGAAGCUUGACAAGAUAUUGCUCAAAUGCGAAACAAAUUGAUGCUGAUUUAUCUACAGUUGUUGAAAAUCCAAAAUUUAGCAGCUCUAUUGGAGGCUACAAACUAAAAACGAUUUUUUCUUCGAAGGAAGAAACUAAGUUGGUAGAUUACCUAAAGAGAGCUUCUGAUAUAUACUACGGGUUAUCAACAACUGAAUUGAGAAAGCGAGCGUACCAGUUUGCUGAUAGUCUUCAAAAGAAAAUACCAUCAUCUUGGAAAAUGAAGAAGAUUGCUGGUGUGGAUUGGCUACAUGGUUUCAUGAAAAGACAUUGGGACCUUUCCAUCCGUCAACCUCAAGCAACGUCAUUGAGCAGGGCCACAAGCUUCAAUCCCCACAAUGUUAAUGCUUUCUUUGAUAAUGUUGAUAAAGUUUUAAACAGGGGCCUUACCACAGACCGGUUUCACAACAUGGAUGAAAGUGGAUUUACGACUGUUCAGCGUCCUAUUGGCAUCAUCGCUCGCAAAGGACGUAAACAAAUUGGUGCUCUAACUUCUGCAAAAAGAGGAACACUCGUAACAGUAGCUUUGGCUGUGUCAUCUUUAGGAACAAGUAUUCCUCCAUUUUUUAUAUUCCCCAGGGUGCACUUCAAGCAAUCUUUCUUGAGAGGUGCUCCAUUGGGUUCCAAUGGAUCGGCUAAUCCGUCUGGGUGGAUGACUGAGAAUGACUUUGUUUUGUUUUUGACACAUUUCAUCAAACAUGUCCGUCCUUCUACCGAACACGAAGUCGUUCUUUUCCUGGAUAACCAUUCUUCCCAUUUGUCAAUCAAAGCUCUGGAUUUGGCGAAAGCAAAUGGUAUCAUCUUGAUAACUUUUCCACCCCAUUGCUCGCACAAACUCCAACCACUUGAUAGGAGUGUUUUUGGACCAUUCAAAUCUUACUUCAAUACCAUGGCAACUAACUGGAUGCGGGAGCAUCCAGGCGAGACCAUGCAAAUUCCCAAUAUUGCCGAGCUUGUCGGGUUAGCUUAUCCCUUGGCAACCACACCUUCGAACAUCCUCUCAGGGUUUAGAGUUUCUGGCCUUUCCCCUUUAAAUCGCUUCAUUUUCAACGACGAUGCUGAUUUUGCUCCUUCUUUCGUGACGGAUCGACCAGUCGUUUGUGAUCCUCCAAACCCUCCCUCAAACACAGAAAAUGAAGAAAUUGAAUCCGUGUCACUUAUUUUUCCAGAAAGCAGCCAGGCUUCACCCAUUAACGUCCAGAAAAGUGAUCGGCAGAUUCCGGAAAACAGCCAGGCUUCAUCCAUUAACGUCCAGAAAGAGAAUCAGCCUACCGAAACCACCUUAGAAACUCUCAGGCCUCACCCUAAAGCUGGUGAAAGGAAGACAACGAGAGGUGGUGGGAAAAAAAGGAGAUCAUCCAUUAUCACCGACACUCCCGAAAAAGAACAACUGGCUGCAGAGAAGGCAGCAUCUUUGGCCAAGAAAAGACCUAUGAAGAAAAUACUGCAAGAGAAUCCGGAAACAUCAAAUAACGCUAAAUCAACAGCAAAGAAAAACAUUCCAGUGAAGAAAACAGCAGCCCGGAAAUCGUCAGUUCAGAAACCCUCAUUACCAAAAAACAACCCAGAACAACAUAACCAAGAAAAACAAAAAAACCCAGCAGAAGAAGAUGAGAGUCUUUGUCUUAUAUGUCAAGAGUCGUGGUUGGAAAGCCUUUCUGGGGAAAAGUGGGUCCAGUGCAUCAAUUGUAAAGGAUGGAGCCAUUCAAAAUGCGUACGAGUAAAUUAUCGUCUUUGCGAUGAUAGUAAUUAA